AUGGAAAUCACAAUGAAAAACAUUGAAAUACUUAUAUCAAAUAAGUUAGAUGAACAUAGGAAAAGUAUUUUAAAGGAAACAGAAAAGCUACUCAAGGAACAAGAGAAAACUUUUACUUUAAUUGUAAGUGGCAACCUUAAAAUUAUAUCAGAUAAACUUAACGUGAUGGAGAAAGAAAUUUUAGAAAACAAAUCAAAAAUUAAAAAUAUAGAAAAGGAUCUUAACGACGUUAAAGAUAGUCUAAAUUUCCAAGAAGAAAAAACUUUAGAAAAACUUAAAAAAAUUAAAAAAUACUUCGACAAUGAAAUCAAAUACGGACGUUUUAGGUACACUUCUAACAGUUAUAACCCGAAAGCGCAAUCUCGUUUUAAGUUUUUCAUAGGGGGAUGGAAUAAUUCAGGCGGUGGGAAUAAUCUACUACAGACUACAUCUGCUGCAUUCUCAUGUCAAAAGUGCAAAAAGUAUUACAAGACAAAGGGUGGGUUAACAAGACAUAUCCGAACAAAACAUUCUGAUGGAAAACCUGAUACUAUCGAAGCAGAAAAUUUCUUAUCAGUUGAGACAAUAAAAACAUUAGUUAAUGAAGCUAUAAAUACUUUGCUAAGUGAAAAAUACUACCCAGACAUAAAAUUAAAUAAAAUAUCUCAAUAUAUCAAUGUAAUAAACGAUCUAUUAUACCAACAGUGCAACAAAAUUUACAAAAAGUUAGUGAAGACAGGAAAUGGUGAAAAUUUUUACAUGGAAACAUAUUCUUCACAUGUAUUAGAGUCUGAUAAAUAUUUUAAUGAUCUUGAAAAACCUUGCAGUACGCUUAUAUCAACAGCGUUAACUGAUAAAAUUUUGUAUUAUUACAAAACAUCUUUUUCAGAGAAUAAAUCAAUUGAACUGAAACCUAUAUCUGCAAAGGAAUUAGAUGGUCUACAAUACUUGGCUGGCUACGUUUCGUCAAAAUUUUUAAAGAAAGCUAAAAACAGUAAACACUAUCAAUCUGAAGAAACCCAAGCAAUUAUUUCUAUUUUAAACCACUGUGUUCUUGAAAAAAAUUUGUCACAUGGACAAAGACUUAUUGAUGUUCAAAACAGAGGUGGACUGAUCUCACUGACAGAAGAGUGUCAGCAAAUAUUUAUUCUAACAGAAAUAAAAUUUCGGUCUGAAACUCUAAAUUCAAUGUUGAGAAAAGAUGACAUUGCAAAUAUGGCAUCUGAGCUAAUCACAAAUACAACUGUGCAAAGUUUUUAUAAUGCUAUUGUCGAGAACUCCUGCCAAUUUAAAAUUGAUAAAGAAGUUAAAACAAAUCUUUUAGAGAGUAUGGUAAAAUUAUACUUAAGAGUAAGAUCAUUUUCGAUGGCUAAAGAUGUUGUUCAAAGACAAAAAGCUAUGUCGAAAAAAACUAAAUCAAAAGGUGGGCUUCGAUCAAACAUUAAAAAAGGGUCUGAUAAGUCUACAAUAAAGAAAUAGUGAGCAGGGGUGGAUAUAGGAUACAGUGCUGUUAAUACUUCACAACAACAUUCUCACAAGUUAGGUUUAUUAUUUAUUAUUCAUUUAGUCAGGUGUUUUAAUUUUUAACAUAAAUUAAAAAACAUAUUUAUGUGCAAUCUGUGUUUUCAAUAAUAGUUUAUUCCAUUGUUUAGGGAGAGUUUCGGUUGUUAUAACUGAUUUUGGAGAGUUCUAGAAGUUGAGUAAUCUUAUACUCUAAGCAUUUUCUAAAAGCCAAGACGAAAUGUCGUUAAUUUUCAUACCAUUUACUAAAAGCUAUAUAAAUAUUGUUACAAUUUUAUAAUUCAAAUUAGUAAUUUCGAAAUUUUUUUACUGUACUGAUUUAUAUGUAAUAUUAUAUAUUAAUAAAUCAAUGAAGUUAUGAUUUUUUCGUAAUGUUAUUUCUACCUAUUUGUCCGAUAAAA